AUGGCCUAUGACCGUUACGUGGCUAUCUGUAAUCCACUGCUCUAUAGCAGCAAAAUGUCCAAGAACAUCUGUAUAUCUCUGGUCACUGCACCCUACAUCUAUAGCUUUGUCAAUGGUCUGAUACAAACCAUCCUGAUGCUCCGUCUAUCCUUCUGUGGCCCUAAUGAGAUUAACCACUUCUACUGUGCUGACCCACCUCUCAUGGUCCUCUCCUGCUCAGACACUUACAUCAAGGAAACUGCCAUGUUUAUAGUUGCUGGUUCAAACCUCACCUGUUCUCUGACAAUCAUUCUCAUCUCUUACGUGUUCAUUUUCGUGGCCAUCCUGCGCAUCCGCUCAGCUGAGGGCCGGCGUAAAGCUUUCUCUACCUGUGGCUCACACCUGACAGCUGUCACUAUCUUUUAUGGGACUCUGUUUUGCAUGUAUCUAAGACCUCCCUCAGAGACAUCUGUAGAACAAGGGAAAAUUGUGGCAGUUUUCUAUAUUUUUGUGAGUCCUGUGUUAAAUCCCUUGAUCUAUAGUCUGAGAAAUAAAGAUGUAAAGGAUGCUGUGAAGAGAAUUGUCAAAAAUAAAUUCCAGGCUAAAUAA